AUGAGUAGCACUAGUGAAGCAUUAAAGAGGAUUAAAAACAAACAAAGAAGACAACAAGUAUAUGCAGAUAUUAAAAGACAAAAAGUAAAAGAUCGUCACAAGUUGCGAGCAGAGCGAGCUGAUGAAGAACGUAAUAAUCCCGAAUUGCGAGAACAAAGAAUAGCGGAAAAUAUACCAGCUACAAUCGACUCCAAAAGAGUCUAUGAUGAGACGCUUGCCGCUAAAGUAGAAGGCGAUCAAGACGAAUUUAGUGAAUAUUUCACCAAUUUAUCCAAGGAUCCUAAAAUUCUCCUUACAACAAACAUUGGAGCCAAAAAGCCAGCUUAUGAAUUUGCCGACAUGUUGAUGGAUUUCCUUCCGAAUACCACAUUUGUUAAACGUAAGAAGGAGUUUAAUGUGCAAGACAUGGCUAAAUUUUGUUCCAACAGGGAAUACACGUUGCUAGCAAUCAUAAACGAAGAUAAAAAGAAGGUUACCGGGUUAACUCUAAUCAAUUUACCCGAGGGUCCAACUUUCUACUUUUCCGUAAGCUCGAUAGUUGACGGCAAGAGGAUAAAAGGUCAUGGAGUAGCUACUGAUCACAUACCGGAGUUGGUGCUUAAUAAUUUCAAUACUCGAUUGGGUAAAACCGUUGGUCGUUUGUUCCAAUCGAUUUUCCCACACAAGCCUGAAUUGCAAGGGAGACAAGUCAUAACGUUACACAAUCAACGUGAUUACAUUUUCUUAAGAAGACAUCGAUAUGUAUUUAGGAAUGAAGAGAAAGUAGGGCUUCAAGAAUUGGGGCCUCAGUUUACGUUGAAGUUGAGAAGGAUGCAAAAGGAUGUAAAGGGAGAUAUUGUGUGGGAGUUUAGGCCUGAUAUGGAAAGAGACAAGAGAAAGUUUUAUUUAUAG